UUUUUAGGGUGUUCUGCUCAUUUGCUGUAUGCAUGCUUGUGACAAUGUAACUUUGAUUGCAUGGUCUCCUAGAUUUUAAUGUUUAUUGAGUUUAUAUCUGUCAUUGGUCUAAAUGCCUUUUCCGACUUCCAUGCGGAUGCCAAUAGAUCUAUGUAUUCUUGGACCACUAGCAAUUUGGAUUUCGUAGUCAAGGCUGCUCCUUCUUUCUGUAUUUUCUCAUGUAUGUUUGGGUGAUUUCUUCUUAGGUUAUAUUUUAUAUAUGUAUGUUUAUUUUGUGAGCCACCACAAUGUAUUCAUAAUGCAGGGUGAAGAUUUGAGAUCUUCUCCAUCCAUUUGUUUUUUUGUCUUGAAUUAGGUCAUGCACCUUGCUUACAUGUACAACAGAAGGACUUGCAAGUGUGAGGUCCAUUGGCGUUCACAAAUCACCAGCGGAUUCAACCACUAAUGGUUCUUCAACAAUCUGGAAUGUAUGUGCCUCCGGUGAUAUUCAAUGUAUGAAAGUGGAUGGAAAUGAAAACUAUGCAUUAUUUGGAGGGAAGGGAGUUGAAGUUAAUGUGUGGGAUCUUGACAAAUGUACUAAGAUGUGGACUGCAAAAUCUACUGCUAAAACAAUAUUGGUAUAUUUACCCCAACUUGGUUUACAUCUGCAACAUUCUAAAGUAAAGAUGAUCAUCGCAAAUUUGUGGCUUGCACCAAUUCCCACCAGGGAAACUAUUAGGAUGCUUUUUGGGGGAAUGUUCUGGAUGUAUAAGAUCCAUAGCCAGGCGUCCAGAAUACCCAGUGAUAGCCUCAUGCGGUGGGUAUUCUACACACUCAUCACGUAAUUAACACAUUCUGUUUUCUCUGUUUACGGACAUGAUGUAGAUUUUAAUUUGGGUCUCUGGUGCUUGUAUUGUGUUGUAAGUCGAAUAAUCUUUAUGAAGAAGCAAACUUAAGGAGACAUCUUUUCAUCUGUUGAUCCAGACAGUUGCAUAAUAGUUCUAAGUACAAUAUAUAACCUUGUAUCACCUAUUAACUU